AUUGGAUUUCUCUCACUACCCACCAACCCUUGCGGGAUUCUAGUGAGAGAAAGUUUUGUGCUUUCAAUUAAUAGGAAAUCGAAGUUUUGUGGAAGAGAUAAUUUGGGACAUGUCGAGCAGUGCUGCCUCGUUGUGUUGCUCACCAACCCAGAUCAGUGGGUUCGGUCUUAGGCCGGAAAGAUUGAUUCUUUGUCGGCCCAAUUCGUUCUGUUUCUCCAGAAAGAAAGCUCAUGCUGUCGUGAAGGCCACCUCUCGCGUGGAUAAGUUCUCGAAAAGCGACAUCAUUGUUUCUCCCUCGAUUCUUUCAGCCAAUUUCUCAAAAUUGGGCGAGCAGGUAAAAGCAGUAGAGUUGGCAGGUUGUGAUUGGAUUCAUGUUGAUGUAAUGGACGGUCGUUUCGUUCCCAACAUCACAAUUGGACCUCUGGUGGUUGAUGCUCUACGCCCUGUGACGGAUCUUCCUUUGGACGUUCAUCUCAUGAUAGUGGAACCCGAACAGAGAGUACCGGAUUUCAUCAAAGCCGGUGCUGACAUAGUCAGCGUACAUUGUGAGCAGUCAUCAACCAUCCAUUUGCAUCGUACCGUCAACCAAAUAAAAAGCUUGGGAGCCAAAGCCGGAGUUGUACUGAACCCCGGGACGCCAUUGGGCGCCAUAGAAUAUGUGUUGGACGUGGUUGAUCUGGUCUUGAUAAUGUCUGUCAACCCUGGAUUUGGUGGACAGAGCUUUAUCGAAAGCCAAGUAAAGAAAAUCUCCGACUUGAGAAGAAUGUGUGCGGAAAAGGGAGUAAACCCAUGGAUUGAAGUUGACGGCGGUGUAGGUCCGAAGAAUGCAUACAAGGUUAUUGAGGCUGGGGCGAAUGCUCUGGUGGCUGGAUCAGCUGUGUUUGGAGCCCCGGACUAUGCGGAAGCUAUAAAAGGAAUCAAAACUAGCAAGAGGCCAGAAGCAGUGGCCGUUUGAUGUUUGGCAAAGCUUAUAAGACUCCCCUGGACAAGUUUGUGAUUCUCUGUUCCUGAAUCUCUUGAGCAGUUCAAAGCCAAAGAAGAUGGCCCCUCAUGUCAGUCAUUUGUUGCCUUUUGCCUAUUUCCAUCUUAUACUAGGGAGGAUGUAACAAGAAGCUGUAAGAAUCAACAUCCAAGCUGCAAUAUAUAUAAUAUAUACACACCCAUACUGUACGAAUUCAUCUUGUAGAUUGGGGAACAGACACAGAUUGCAUGAAUUCACAUGAAACUCUGCAACAAAAAAGUUGUUCAAUUC